CAGUACAAUAUAUACUACUACUUACAAAGCUAGCAAGUUGUCUGCCUUGAUCAAAUCCCCCAUAGCAAUAGCAGUUUGUUGAGCUAGCUAACACAAAUCUACUAUUGUCUGACUUGUUACUCUUUGUUCAAGGAGCUGUCUUGCCCACCUACCCUACACAAAUCGCUAGCUGGAGCCUUUCUGCUGCUUCCUCUCCACCACUACUCCGGCAAGGCAAGGCGAGGCGGCCGGCGGAGUGUCUGUGGAGAGAUGGAGGUGGCUCUCGGCUCGGCGGCCUCGCUCCUCGGCAAGGUGUUGAGGACGCUGUCCGACAGCCUGGUGGCGGUUUACGUGGACAGCCUUCAGCUCGGCCACAACUCCGAGCAGAUCAAGGACAAGCUGCUGCACGCGCAAGGCCUCCUGCACAACGCCCAGGGGAGCCAUGUCUGCCACAGCCCUGGCCUGCAGGGGUUGCUGGAGAAGUUGAGCAGGGACGCCGACCAGGCAGAGGACCUGCUGGAUGAGCUCCACUACUUCCAGAUCCAUGACAGGCUACACGGCACCCACUACGCCACCACCCAAGAGGCCGGCGUUGAUGGCCUCAGGCAUCAAGCUCUCCAUGCCGGUACUGCUCUUCGCCACACCUUAGUCCGGUUCUUUUAUUCCUCGCGUACACCCAAGACCAAGAGGGAUGGUAGUGAUGAUGAUGCUGCUGUUGUCGGCCGCGUCACCAAAAAAUCCAAAACCAACUCUGCUAGUGCUAGUGCUAGUGCUAGUGCUGAUGGUGAUGAUAUGCUGCAUUUCGACAGAGUGUCCAUGUCCAGCAAGAUCAAGUCCCUGUUACAGGGCAUGCAGUCCCACUGUGAUUCGGUCUCCAAUUUGCUCGGCAUCGGCAGUAUCCCAAGCAACGGCACCGCAUUGUCAGUCGUCCUACAUCGGCCUCAGACUGCUUCCAUGAUUAUACAAGACACAUUGUAUGGCAGGAGAGACGUUUUUGAGGAAACUGUCAAUCGUAUCACCACUCUUACCGGUACCGCACAGACUGAGACUGUUUCUGUUCUUCCUAUAGUUGGUCCAGGGGGGAUUGGCAAGACAACUUUAGCCCAACAUCUUUAUAAUGAUGGCAGGACUAAAAAGCACUUUGAUGUUCCAGUCUGGGUAUGCGUAUCGACUGAUUUCGAUGUGCUUAAGCUCACCAGGGAGAUCCUUGCCUGCAUAACUGCAACUGAAGAAGGAGGAAGGGGCAGUGCUGCAAAUGAAACAACCAAUUUAGACCAGCUUCAGAAAUCCAUUGUGCGCCGUAUCAAGUCCAAGAGGUUUCUGAUUGUCUUGGAUGAUAUAUGGAGAUGUGACGGUGAGGAUCAGUGGAAGACCCUGCUAGCUCCGUUCACAAAGGGGGAAGCCAAAGGAAGCAUGGUACUUGUCACAACUCGAUUCCCAAAGGUAGCAGACAUGGUGAAAACAGUUGAUCCACUAGAGCUGCGAGGUUUGGAGUCUAAUGACUUCUUCACAUUCUUUGAAGCAUGUAUAUUUGGUGAAGACGACAAGCCUGAGCAUUACGAAGAUGAGUUUGCUGGUAUUGCACGAAAAAUUGCAAACAAGCUAAAGGGUUCCCCACUCGCAGCCAAAACAGUUGGUAGACUAUUGCACAAGCACCUUUCUCAGGAACAUUGGAAUGGAGUUCUUGAAAAGCAUCAGUGGCUAAAGCAGCAAGAAAAUGAUGAUAUCAUGCAAUCUUUAAAGAUUAGCUACGAUUACCUCCCAUUUGAUCUGAAGAAAUGCUUUUCCUAUUGUGGCCUUUUCCCUGAAGAUCAUAGGUUUACUUCUUCAGAAAUCAAUCAUUUCUGGGUUGCAACAGGCAUCAUAGACUCUAAUCACCAAGCCGAUAGGAAUUACUUGGAAGAACUAGUGGACAAUGGUUUUCUCAUGAAGGAAUUAGAUGAUUACGUUGGUGGAUACUGCUAUGUAAUGCAUGAUUUAAUGCAUGAGCUAUCUAAGAGUGUUUCUGCACAGGAAUGCCACAAUAUAAGUGGCUUUGGUUUCAGAGCUGACGCCAUCUCGCAAUCUGUUCGGCACUUAUCUAUCAACAUAGAAGACAUAUAUGACGCAAAUUUUGAGAAAGAAAUGUGUAAACUAAGGGAGAGGAUAGAUAUUGCUAAUCUGCGGACUUUGAUGAUUUUUAGAGAGUAUGAAGAAGAAAGAAUCGCCAAGAUUUUGAAAGAUAACUUCAAGGAAAUAAAUAGUCUGCGUGUCCUAUUUAUAGUGGUGAAGUCUGCACAAUCUUUUCCGGAUAGGUUUCCAAAACUUAUCCACCUCCAAUACCUCAAAAUUAGUUCAUCUCUCGAUGGUGACAGGGAAAUGAGGUUACCUAGCACAUUACCAAGAUUUUAUCACUUGAAAUUCUUGGACCUAUAUGAUUGGAAUGGUCGUUCUGAUUUGCCUGAAGACUUUAGCCACCUUGAGAAUUUACAUGAUUUCCAUGCUCGAAGUCAUCUCCACUCCAACAUUCGCAAUGUGGGAAAGAUGAAACAUCUGCAGGAGCUAAAAGAAUUCCAUGUUAAAAAGGAGAGCAUGGGAUUUGAACUAACAGAACUUGGGGCAUUGGCAGAGCUUGAAGGACGACUGGUUAUACGUAGUCUUGAUCAAGUGGCAACCAAGGAGGAAGCUACUGCAGCCAAACUGAUGUUGAAAAGGAAUCUGAAGGAGCUGGAAUUACUCUGGGGAAGGGAUGGACCAACUACAGAUGUUGAUAUUCUUGCAAGCUACUUGACCCAAACAGAGCUGGAAUUAGUGUGGGGUAGAGAUGUUCAAACUGCAGAUGCUGAUAUUCUUGAUGCUCUUCAACCACACUCUAAUCUUAGAGUACUUACAAUUGCAAAUCAAGGUGGUACUGUUGGUCCUAGUUGGUUGUGUCUUGACAUCUGGUUAACUAGUUUAGAGAGACUCACUAUAGAAGGCGUAUGUUGGAGCACCCUCCCACCUUUUGGGAAGCUACCAAAUCUCAAGGUACUCAAUUUGAAGAAAAUUUCUGGAAUGAAUCAGUUUGGGCUGCGAUGUGGUGGCGCUCCAGGGAAAUGUUCUAUGCGCUUGAAGACAGUCGAGUUUUAUGAUAUACCACAACUUGCUGAGUGGGUUGUGGAACCUAAUUGCCAUUCCUUUCCAAGUCUUGAAACAAUCGAAUGCAUCGGUUGUCCCAAUCUCUAUGUGAUGCCCUUGUCGGAGGUAUCUUGCACCAAUUUGCGCACACUUCGAAUUGUCAGGUGCCCCAAGAUGUCUCUGCCCUCCAUGCCUCACACCUCCACACUGACAGAUUUGAAUGUUGAAAGAGGUGGAAGACGUUAUUCAGAAACAUUGUUGUCUUAUGAUGGAAACAGAUUGGUUGUUACAGGGUAUGGCGGUGCUUUGGCCUACCACAAUCUGGAUAAAGUAGAAUAUAUGGCUAUUGAAAAUGUAUCGCACAUAUCAUUGACAGACAUCAAAAAGCUUAAAUCCUUAACAGAACUAAGUGUCGGAAGAUGCGACGAUUUGUUCCCUGAAGAGCUGGAUGGCAGUAUUGUCUUCCAUUCAGUUAAGAGUCUCGAAUUAGACGUAUCUCAUCUUACCAGCAGCAAAUCAUCAUCGUCGAAAGUGUUAAACUGUUUCCCAGCUCUUUCUGUGUUGGUGAUAGUUGGCUAUGAGGAAUGUGUAAUGCAGUUCCCAUCAUCCACCUCACUGCAGAAACUUACCUUCUCAAGGUGUAAGGGCCUAGUUCUUGUGCCUGUGGAGAAUGGAGGAGGAAUUCAGGAGGACAAGUCAUUGCUCCAAUCAUUAACCAUAGUCAGCUGUGGCGAAUUGUUCUGUCGGUGGCCAAUGAGAGAAUCAGAGACCAUUUGCCCUUUCCCUGCUUCCCUGAGGGAACUUGAUGUUCGUGAAGAGCCAAGCAUGAAGUCAAUGGCUCUGCUCUCAAACCUCACGUCUCUCACCACUCUAAGCCUAAAAGACUGCUGUAAUCUAACAGUGGACGGAUUCAAUCCUCUCGUCGCAGUCAACCUCAUGGAACUGGAUGUGCGUAUGUGCAAAACCUUAGCAGCAGAUAUGCUCUCAGAGGUGGCCAAAUUAUUGCCUGCAGGUUACAUCUCUAGACUAGAGAAACUCACGGUGGAUGACAUCUGUGGAUUGCUUGUUGCUCCUAUUUGCAACCUCCUCGCCCCGGCCCUCCACACACUUAUAUUCGAGAAAGACAAUGAGAGGAUGGAAGGCUUGACGGAAGAGCAAGAGAAAGCGCUACAGCUCCUCACCUCCCUCCACAACCUAGGAUUUUGGUGGUGCGACGGUCUGCAGUCCCUUCCUCAAGGGUUACAUCGCCUCUCUUCUCUCAAGGAGUUACGUGUCUUUGGGUGUGAAGAAAUCCGAUCGAUGCCCAAUGAGGGCCUCCCCGUUUCGCUGAGAGAACUCCAGAUGAAUUGUCGCAGCGCUGAGGUAAAGGAGCAAAUUGAGAAAAUCAAAAGAGCCAACCCAGAUUUAUACGUCUAUUGAAGCUGACAUAUUUGCAAGAUUGAUAUUUCGCAAGUGGUCAAGUGGAAGCAGAUACAACCAACCGACUCUUCAUUCUGCAACGCAAUGCUAGCUGUUAACUCUUCAUUCUGCUAGAUGAUCGAUAUUUCUCUGCAACUCAAGUCUGCCGGUUAUGGCUUCUAUUCCCUAUGUGAAUGUGAAAUAAAAAAGGACUCAUUUGAUACCCAUCAAGAAGAAGACUUUAGUCGUAGCUGCAAAGUAUUUUUGACACCAGAACUGAGGGUGGAAUUAUCAGGCUUGUGCUAUUUUUUCGCAUGAACAUGCCAAUUUAACUGCUGGCAUCAGUGGCAGCGAGGAGGAGGUUGAUGUAUAAAAGCAGCUCUCUGAUGUUCUCCGCAGAGAGGGCUUGUCUUGGUGGUGCCGAAUGGACUGAAGCAAUGAGGAUUAUCAACCUAUGAAUGAUUGGGUGUAGAAGCUGAUUCAGAGCAAACAAAAGAAACAAAUAGAAGUGAAGCAAUUGUCUGUCGUCUUGAUAUGCUGAAGAGAAGAAUAUCAUAUCAACGUAAGUGAUGGCUCGCACUGGGGAUGUCCUUGGUUCCUUCCUUUAAAGAAGUGGGCUUUGUGGAUGCAGCAGCGAAGAGAACAGAGCAGAGCAGAGCAUUCCAACAAGGGACAUCCAAAGGGUGCGAGGUGGUUAUUGGGAUUCAGCUUCAGCCUCGCUCGCACGACUUGACAAGAAUUUUUUGUGUAUUCGCCUCUGUAAAUUAAAUUGGUACGGUAGAAUUGUGUUUUUUUUUCAGAAUUGCCUCGGACGAACUGAUCGAUGAUGCCAAUGUUGUUGGGUGUAACUUGAGCCAGCUAGCAGCCGACAGAUAGCCCAACCAUUUUUUGAUAUUUGGAGUCGCCCAACCAUAUUUUAAUCUUUUUCCUUGAACGAAGGAGUGAUGCUGCACUCUUAACCAAUUUACAAAUACGUCUGUUCUGAAUAUAUCCCAUCCCCUUGCAACUUGAGUCAGCCUUCAAGCAGCCACGCCUUUCGCUGUCAGUGUUUGUUAAUACUAAUACAGGGGUUGUGUUGGCUUUUGAUUAUUACAGUUUCAGGCUUUUAGCUCAGGGGUGAAGAAAUCGAACUAUUUGUCAUCACAUUCUGAUUGUCAGUGUUUGCGGAGAGCUUCCUGUCCUACCAAUCUUCUGAAGUUUCAAGAACCUUCUUCAUGUUCUGCAUCAAAAAUGAAAUAAAACGGUUGGAGAAUUAGCCAAAAAAUCCAAAUAAUUGUGGUUCUGCUUUAAGCAUGGUUGUGAAGCAGGCACGUCAGAUUAUCUGGGUCUGAUUGCCGCCGGCCAGAUGAGACAUAGUAGUAGUUGUAGCUAACCAAAUACAAUACUGCAAUCUAGCAAGUUUUCUGGCUUAAUCAAAUCUGCCACUUGCUGAAAAAAAAUUAGAGCUAGCUAACACAGAGCACCUUCUCUCCUGGUUGGAUGGGCUCAAGCAACUCUCUGCUUCUUAAUUCCUUGAGGUUUAUCUGUACUUGUUCCGCGUGGUUACCUACCGCUGGAGGCUAUAUUGGUUGAAGGAGCUGUCUUGCCCACCUACCCUACACUAAAACACAAAACUCGCAAAACCAAGGGGAAAAACAAAAAUCACAUCCUGUAUGUGUCUAGUCAAGACUGUCUCCCUAUGCCUACCUCGCUGCACUCUUACAUUUCACAAACACAGCAAUAUUCUCAUUGAGGAGAGCAAUAGCUUUGCUGGGGUCUGGGGAGCCAUGAGCGUGCUCGGGGCGGUGAUUGCGGGUGCCGUCGGGAAACAAAUCGUCACCAAGCUCGGUAAAUAUGCUGCGUCGGAGAUCACUCUGCAGUGGAGGUACAGAGAGGAUGUCUUGGACCUGGGGGAAAAGAUGAAAGAUCUGGAGGCUGUGUUGCUUGAUGCCGACGACAAGUCGCGUCAAAUAGGAGAAGGUGGACGACUAUAUCAGCAGUGGCUUACAAAAUUUAAGCACGUUUCAUACGACGUCGAGGACAUGAUUGAUGAGUUGGAAGCUAAUGAGCUCAUCAAGAAGAGUCAAUCGAAGGUCAACUUAUGGUUUUCCAGAAACAAUCAAGUCCUGCAGAGAAAACCAGCCAGAUAAUGCCCUUCUUCAACAAUUCAAGUCCAUGAACAAUACCUUUCCAUACGCCGAAGAACUGCUAGGAAAUACUGUAUCUAACAAAUUCCCAUUAGGGAAAUAUUUUGCACGCAGUAAACGAGCACAUAGGCUAUCAGGGCUGUCCAACAACCGCCAUGCCUGUUUUGCUAGCAAUGCCUGAUUAAAAGCACGCAUAUCCCUGAAACCCAUGCCUCCCAUUGCUUUGGGUAGUUUCAUUUUCUCCCACCUUAGCCAAGCCAUCUUUUUCUUUCCAUUCUCCACUCCCCAUCAGUACUGUCUCAUCAUCCAUGUUAGAUCAUCACAAACAGAGGCUGGUAAACUUGAACACACUCAUGAUGUAGGUGGGUAAGCUUGAGCAAUCGACUUUAUCAAAAUCUCUUUAUUACCAGAAGAAAGAUAUUGCUCACUCCAAUCAAUUAACUGCUUACCCAACCUUGCCUGAAGUGUUUCAAACUGACCUUUAUGCAUUCUUCCUUAAGGAACCGGUAAACCCAAGUAUUUUGGUUCAAAUACAUGUUGUGUAAUUUCCAACAUAUUUUUCACUUCUUCCACCAUUGCAUCAGGACAAUUAACAGAAAAAAAGGAUGGAACACUUCCCUGGGUUGAUAAGUUGACUUGUUGGCCAGACGCAUGAAAUAACAACAUUGUAUCAUCCGCAAAUAAAAGAUGAGAUAUCACCGGCACGCCCCAACAAAUAGUAACACCCCUCAACUCAUCCUCAGUCACUGAUUUGGAUAUUAGAGCAGAUAAAGCAUCGGCAACAAAUAGGAAUAAAAACGGGGACAAGGGAUCACCUUGACGUAAACCCCUCGACGGAGUAAACGACUGAAGUAAGUUCCCAUUGAACUUCACAGAAUAUUUGACAGAACGCACACAUGCCAUGAUCCAAGAAAUCCACUGCAUAGAAAAGUCCCAUUUAAAUAGAGCCUGCUCCAGAAAACCCCAAUCCACUCGAUCAUAAGCCUUGGACAGAUCAAGCUUGUAAGCACACGUGGCUGGAGAGUUCUGCUUCAAAGCUUGUAUAUGGUGAAUACAUUCAAAGGAAAUGAUAGAAUUGUCAGAAAUAAGCCGCCCUGGGAGAUACCAAAAGUCUUGUUUGCUGGCCUGUUGCGUUGAUUUGGUUUAUAAUUCAAAAAAGAUAACAGACCCGCCAGCCAUCAGCACGUGUGAACUGGACCUCCUAUUUAUCGACCAGCACGAUGGGAAGCGAUGCAAUGCAACCCCCGACGCGCCCUUUUGGGGUGGCCUAUGUACAAUGCGCUGCGGGGUGCCCCAUUUUUCUCAUCCGUUUUGUUUUUUGUUUUUAUUCUUUAAAUCAAAUUCAGAAUUUCA